AUGAAACAAUUAACAUCACUUGAUAUAUAUUAUAAUGAAAUUGGUGUAGAGGGAUCCAAAUUCAUAAGUGAUAUGAAACAAUUAACAUCACUUAAUAUUAAUUACAAUCGAAUUGGUGAUGAAGGAGCCAAAUUUAUAAGUGAAAUGAAACAAUUAACAUCACUUGAUAUUUAUAACAAUGAAAUUGGUGUUGAAGGAGUCAAAUCAAUAAGUGAAAUGAAACAAUUAACAUCACUUAAUAUCAGUGGAAAUCAAAGUGGUGCCGAAGGAGUCAAAUUAAUAAGUGAAAUGAAACAAUUAACAUCACUUAGUAUUAAUUACAAUCGAAUUGGUGAUGAAGGAGUCAAAUUAAUAAGUAAAAUGAAACAAUUAGCAUCACUUGAUAUUAGUGGAAAUGGAAUUGGUGAUGAGGGAGCCAAAUUAAUAAGUGAAAUGAAACAAUUAAAAUCGCUUAGUAUUCAUAACCAACAGAUGUUUAAGUAA